AUGUUGCCUCCUCCAGCUACAGUGGCGAGUAAUGUCCUCACAGUAUACCAGACCACUCUAGACUUAAGUGUUCUAUGUCAGCCAGGAGUCGUUCCAGUAUAUCCGGGAUUUGCGGGUACAAAUGCUGUAAAGUACCGCGACCUCGGCCCGGAACAACAGAAGAAACGGUGGUUUUUAGUCAGUAAGAGUCUACCUGGUCGUGGUGACCCGGAGGUUAAGGAGCACGCUUCUCAUGUGUUACGGGAAAAAUCGCAAAAACCUCUCGAAUCUUCUAGUUACAUUGUCAUCGAAAUCGUUUCAGCUGUUUCGGAGAUGGAACGCAAAAAAGACAAACAGACAAAACUAUCUUGA